AUGGGUAUUACGGAUUUUUUUCAAGGCUCAACGAGUGUUAAGUCGUUUGAAGUUUCGGAGCCGCUACAGGCAAGUUUGAAAGGGUUUGCUCUCGCAAACCCAGGGUUGACACUGAUCGAAAAGCAGGAUAUCGUGUUGAGAAAGACCGACAAGAGUAAGAUCGCGUUGAUCUCGGGCGGUGGGUGCGGCCACGAGCCCACGCACGCGGGGUUCGUGGGCCAAGGGCUAUUAAGUGCCGCCGUGUGCGGCGAGAUCUUCGCGUCACCCUCGACUAAGCAGAUUUUGAACGCCAUCAAAGUACUGGACAAGAACUCGUCCGGUGUUCUUCUGAUCGUCAAAAACUACACCGGCGACGUGCUCCAUUUCGGCCUUGCGGCCGAAAGAGCACGCGCAUUGGGCAUCCCAACCCGUGUGGCGGUGGUGGGCGACGACGUUGCGGUUGGCAGAGAAAAGGGAGGAUUUGUGGGUCGGAGAGCCCUGGCAGGGACCGUUCUUGUGCAUAAGAUCACUGGCGCCUUCGCAGAGCAGUACUCAGAGAAAUACGGGCUCGACGGGACCGCGCGUGUGGCGGAAAUUGUGAACGAAAAUCUGGUCACGAUUGGAUCAUCGUUGGACCAUUGUAAAGUGCCUGGCAGAAAGUUUGAGACUGAACUCAACGACAAGAAGAUGGAGCUUGGUAUGGGUAUUCACAACGAGCCCGGUGUGCGCGUUCUCGAGCCCGUUCCCUCCGUAGAAGAGCUUCUCGAAAAGGACAUGCUGCCCAAGCUGCUUGAUCCAAACGACAAGGACAGACAUUUUGUCAACUUCGAUAAGGACGAUGACGUUGUGCUCCUCGUCAACAACCUUGGUGGCGUCGCGCCAUUCAUGCUGACUGCGAUUGCCGGAAAGACUGUCGAAUUUCUCGACAAGAACUAUAAAAUCAAGCCCGUCCAGACCAUCACGGGAACUUUGAUGACCUCUUUCAAUAUGGACGGGUUCAGCAUCACACUUUUGAACGCCUCCAAGGCCUCCAAGAAGCUCCACGAAGAAUUUUCUGCGGUCAAAUGCGUCCGUACGCUGUUGAAUGCGCCUACCGAUGCCCCAGGCUGGCCUCGUAUUUCCUACGACAAGUCCGAGGCUCCUUCAAUUGACGAAAAGCUACUACAGGAGGACGUCAAAGUCAAGGAAGCCGGAACUUACGAUUACGACCAUUUCUCCAAGAUGAUGAAAUCGGGUGCUGACAAGUUGAUAAAGAGCGAACCUUACAUCACCGAGCUGGACUCCAAGGUGGGCGAUGGUGAUUGCGGUUAUACUUUGGUCGGUGGUGCCAAGGGCAUUACGGAAAAUUUGGAAAAGGUCGAUAAGAAGUACCUUUCGCAAGCGCUUGCUCAAAUUUCCGACAUCAUUGAGAGCUCCAUGGGCGGUACCUCUGGCGGUCUCUACUCGAUUAUGAUCUCGGGGCUUGCUCAGGGUAUAAUUCAAGAAUGUAAGGAGAAAGACACUCAGGUCACUCCAGAGAUUCUUUCAAACGCUUUUCAACAUGCUCUUGAGACUCUUUACAAGUACACCAAGGCUAGACCUGGGUCCUCCACCGUCAUUGACGCACUCGAACCUUUUGUCAAGGAAUUCAGCUCCUCCAACGACUUCUCCAAAGCGAUUGAAGCUGCCGAAAAAGGUGCCAAGUCCACCGGUUCUAUUGAAGCCAAGUUUGGAAGAGCUUCCUAUGUGAGUGACUCUUCCGAGAUUCCAGACCCAGGUGCCAUUGGUCUUGUUGAAUUUCUGAAAGGUGUUAAAGAAGGAUAUUAA